AUGGCUGACGGCGAGUCGCUGCACCUGACGCGUGUCGGCAGCAAUAUUGUGUCGUACGGCAAGCUCGCCAACAAAGGAUUUGCCCUAGUGCACUACGGCGAAAGGCGCUCGCUCGCUCGGUGCAGAGAUGGUGCGGUCGAGUUCGAUGUCACAAUCGACAGCAACGUGCUGUAUGUCGUGACGAAGGCCACGCGCGACAAGGAAGGUGCAGGCGGAGACGAGAUCAUGGCGGCGUUUGAAGCGCAUGCAACGGAAACCAACGCCGAUGAGCCGCACGAAGCCUCGCUGUUGCAAUGGCACCGGAGACUCGGUCACCUUGCGUUCGACACGAUCGAACGCAUGGCGCGCGAUCCGGCAUCGGGCAUUCGGCUCAGCAACAACAAGCGUAUGGCGUGCGUGUCGUGCCUCGAGGGCCAGCAGACGCGCAACGCGCAGUCCCAACAAGACAGCGGCGAGCACUCGCCCAUCGAUCGCAUCGGCGGCGUCAUCUGUUCGGACCUGAAGGGUACAAUGACGCCGCGGGACCGAUUCGGCAAUCGUUACCUUGUGAACUUCGUUGAUCACAAGAGCAACUACUGCCGAGUCUUCCUCGCGCGCACGAAGGACGCUGCGACGAGGCAGUUCGAGGCGUUCCUCGUCCACUUCGAGAAGCUUUUCGGGUUCAAGGUUCACGUGCUCCGCACGGACGGCGGCAGAUAA